AUGCCCGACGUCAACCCCCUCCGUACCGUCGCCGCCAUCUCCCUCUUCACCGAGGACCUGACCGCGUCCAAGGACUUUUACACGCGCGUCUUUGGAGCGUCUGUCGUCUUCGAAGACGACGAGUCGUGCUCGGUACGCUUCAACAACGUCAUUCUCAAUCUGCUCGUCGCGAGCGCCGCCGGGGAGCUAGUCGGCGACGAGUUCGUGGCCAAGCGCGAUGCGGGCAACCGCUGCCAGCUUUCCGUCUGGGUCGCGGACGUGGACGCCGAGAUUGCGCAGCUCGAAAAGAAGGGCGUCAAGAUCCUGCUUGGCCCGAAGACGAAGCCCUGGGGAAAGCGCAUCGCGUCAUUUCAGGACCCGGCGGGCCACAGCUGGGAGAUUGCGCAGGACGUUUAA